AUGGUACCUCAACCCCAUUCUCGGCAACAGCGGCAGCAGCAGCAGCAACCAUACACGCCGAACUCGGCCUCGACCAUCUACGCGUCGCCCGCCUCGGAAAACGAACGCCUGCCACCAAAUGGAGUCUCCCACACAUCGACGGCGGCGACAGCAGGAACAACAGUCGUACCAAAGGCCGAGCCAUCACCUGCAUCAUCCUUGACCCCCGGUUACCCCCCCUCCAGCGGCUUCAAGAGGGCCGAGAGUGUCGACGCCGCCAACUCGGCCAGCCCCGACGAUGCGAACGUGGACGAGCCUUCUAAGAAGAAGCAGAGGCGCAACAAGCCCACCUUGUCCUGCGCCGAGUGCGUCGAGCGCAAGACAAAGACGGCACGGACCUCGUCGUAUCAAGCUCCCCAGGUCGUCGGUCUCCUUGGCGGCCCUCCCCUUUCUGGCACCUCCUAUGUACUCAACGCUUCCCUUGAUAUCCAAGAUAUCUCACACUGCAAUGCAGUCAGUCGCCUUGGGCCACCAACUAAUAAAGCAUGGCAGUGCGAUCGCGGCAGGCCCCAUUGCCUAGCAUGUAUCAAGCGGCAGACGGAAUGCAAAUAUGCAGUCGUCGCCAACAUCCUUGAGUCGACGACUACUGACAAGAUACAAUUCAGCGAAACAUCACGUUCCAUCACCAAUGGCCGUCGCAUGACCAAACCCCCCAAGAAGAAGCCCUCGGACCUCUCCACCAUCCCCAACAUCGCCGACAGGGGCCUGAUCGAAGGCCGCGGCUUCACAUCCCGCGGCUCCGUCGGCUCCAUCGCCUUCUCCUCCUCCACCGGCCUGCUCUCCAACGUGCCCUACUCGCUGCCCACCGCCAGCAACGUCUUUGGCAUCGGUUCCGAGCACCCCUUUGCCAACUACUGGACCUGCGAGGGCGGCCUGCCCGAGGUUAUCUCCGUCCUGCCCGACAAGAUCCAGGCCGACAUCCUGCUGGCCCAGUACUUCGAGUGCGUCGACCCCGUCUACCCCAUGAUCCACCGCCAAACCUUUUACGCCGACUACGAGCACUUUUGGAGUUUGAGCCCCGACGAGAAGAACCGUGUCGAUGCCGCCUUCAUCGGUCUCAUCUUCGUCAUGCUGGCCCUGGGCACCCAGUUUGUGACGUCGACCUCCCCCAAGGACGGCAAGCAGACGGCCGAAUUCUACGCCUCGGCGAGUAAUCAAGCGUUGCGCAUGUUUUCCUAUCUGAGCGCUGCUUCAUUACGCUCCAUCCAGGCCAUGGUGUUGCUGACCUACUUUCUCAUCAACGACAACCACGCCUCGGACGGAUGGGCCUUCGCCGGUAUCCUGAUUCGCCAGGCAUACGCAAUGGGCCUGCAUCGCGACCCCAAUAUCGUGACCCCUGAAGCCAGCAUAUUCGAGAAACAGCAGCGUCGCAAACUAUGGCAAGCGGUGCUCCUCCAGGACACAUUCCUCACAGUUCUCCUCUCGCUGCCGCCGUCAGCAACGCACACGGACGUGUCGGUCGAGGACCUCCUCGACGACGGAUCGGCCAUCGCCUCGAGCGACCCGACCGACAUCGCCUACAUCCGCGGGUCCUGGACGCUGGCGAACCUGGUGCAAGAGACCAUCUGCUCGGCGCGGUCCCUGGACCUGCCCAUCUGCUCGACGCCGCGGCACAAGUCCAAGCUCCUCUCUGACUUCCGCGCCGUGUACCGCUCGUUCCCGGACAUCUUCCGGUCGUGGGACCCGGAGAGCCUCACGGCACUGGCGCGGACCAACAAGCGCGUCGUGCGGCAGACGCUGUUCCUGACGAGCAACUACCACCACAACAUCAUGCUCGUGCACGCGUCCGAGAGUCCCGACACGCCCGUCAACAUGCGCGGCACGCUCGAGGCGGCACAUGAGGCCAUCACGUCCUUCUUUCUGCUGUUCAACAUCUUUGAGCUCGAGGCGCGCGUGUGGUGGGUCUUCAACCACCGGGCGUUCCUCGAGGCGCUCUGCAUCGGCAGCGUGCUCCGCGAGGCGGCGAGGGAGCCGUCGACGGCCGACAUGGCCGAGAGGGAUCCGUUGUUCGUGCGGGGGAGAGCGGAUAUCGCGCGCAUGAUCCAGAUCAUGGAGUUGAUGGGCGAGGGCGAGCAGGGGUCCGAUGUGGCGCGGGCACGGGUGCAGGUGUUGAAGGACCUCCUCUGA